AUUAUGAAAAUUCUUUUCACUGAUAGUGUAUUAACUAUGCGUUUUCCCAUAAAUAAAUAGAACCUUAUAAAUAAGCCCAACAUCCAACUUAUAUCAAUACAAAAGUCGCGGCUGAAGAAGAGUUAGGAGAUCGAUUUGAGAUCAAAAGAGCUUUGAAUCAAGCUGAAUUGAUCGGGAUUAAAUAGCAAAAUGAUCGGCGAGAAGCCCUAGCAUUCAAAUCGAAGAUUCAAAGAUGGUAAAACGCCAACGGAAGAACAAAUCUGUACUUUCCAAUCAAAUUCCUAAAGCGAUACAAAAGAAGAAAAAUCCUGACAUUCAAAUCGAAGCUCCAAAGAUGAGAGAUCACCAGCAGAAGAAGAAUAAAUCAGUACUUUCCAAUCAAAUUCUUAAAGGACAAACAAUUGUGGAGCCGUCAAAGAAAGCAAAGCUGAUGGAUAUUGUUGAACUGGAUCAGGUUCAGGUGCUCAGUUCCAGGUUCGACAGUGAUUCUUCGGGCACGUUAUUUUACAUCCUCUGUUGUGGUGAGUCCUCAUGUUCCGAGGACGUGAUGUCUGUUGUUGGUUUCACGGAAUUGUUUACAUUUUGAUAACUGAAUAUGAGUUAGUUGGAGCAUGUCUUAAUGGCUCGCUUGUUUUAUUGAUUUUCUUAGAGGCUUGUCAGACUAGUAUAAAUGUUGAGAGUUGACUAAUAAGUCGUAUUUUGUUAUUUUUUUGAAAUUCUUU